CUAUUUUCUCAAUUAGGUAGGAAUACAGAAAACAAAGAUGUCUGACGCUGAGGAUAGUGUAGAUAAAUUUAUCAACUAUUUGGAUACUCAAACUAAGUUUGUUAACUUCGUCUUCAAUAUGGCAAAUGGAUUUCCUUCCAAAAGCUCAUAUUUUGAAGACACUGAAACUGACAGCGAAAGGGAUUGCGAUUGCGAAAGCAACUGUGAAAGCGAUUGCGAAAGCGACUGUGAAAGCAACUGCGAAAGCGGCAGCGAUAGUAGUGAUGAGAAACCAAGUGGACGCAAUACAAUGCUAUUAAAAAUCACAUCAUCAGAAAAAUUUUUAAAUAGUGGACCUGCUGAAAAAAUAGGUAAUGAUGUACUAUCUACAGGUGCUCCGCAACUUACACCCGAUGUCAAUUUUUCAACUAAAAAAUAUGGUGAGGGCUUGCAUUUGUAUCAUGUUCGAAGGUAUGAAACCAAACGGAUCUUAUGCGUAUGUGAAGAACACAAGCCAUUAAUGCAAAUUAGAGAAAUACUUCAAGACGAGGAUUUUGAUGAACAAACAUGCAGUAGCCCAAAGAUCAAAAAACAGGAUACUAAACCCGUUGAAAGUGAUUAUCAGAAUGGAUAUUAUUCCGACCCAUAACAGAUUCAUGUUCAACGUUAUCUCAAAUUAAGGAGUGAAAUUCACUCAUCACUUUAUUUUUAUAUAUUUGGUUACAAUUUUUUUCUGAUAUUUU